AUGGGGUACAUGUAUGACCUAGAUGAUGCUGAUUGUUCACUCGACUCAGAUACUCAACUCGUGACGUGUAUUCCACAAAUUAAUAAGGUUUCUCCAUUAAGUGGACCAGUUGAUGGUGGAACAUUAGUAACGGUUGUUGGAAAAUUUCUUGGAAAUGUGAAUGACAGUAUUUCUGUUGAAAUAAGUGGAGUUAUGUGUCACAACGUAACAGUUACAAUACCCGGAACUAGAUUGACUUGUGUUAUCGGCGAAGACAAAAACAAGACAGAAGGGAUAUUCGUUUCAGUCAAUUCAAAUAAUUUCAGCGACCCAAAUACUACAUAUUUCAGCUUUAAGAAACCUAGGAUCAUUAAUGUUAGACCAUCAAAAGGCAUUGUGUCUGGGGGUACAACUGUAAUAAUAAGUGGUCAAAAUAUUGAUUUUAAAGGACAGAAUCGAUACAAUAUUACGUUUUGUGACGAUGAGAUUUGUAUAGAAUGCAGGGAAACUCAUAUAGUUUUGAAUCAAGUUUUCAGGAAUCUUAGGUAG